GCGCGUCGCGUGCAGCUGCUGCAGUAGUCCACAGGUACGCAACGCGUUCGGGCGACUGGCUGUCUGUGCAUGUGCGCUGUCGCGAUAGUGAGUGUAUCCGUAAUAUUAUUAUUAUUAUUAUUAUUAUUAUUAUUAUUGUUAUUGUUAUAAUAUUAUAAUUACACGAGAUCGUAUGGAAUAGCUCCGUAUUCGUUUGUCGUCGACAAAUCACGAACACGCACCAAGUGAUCUGGGCAGAUAACUGUUUGCUAACCAUAAGUAGUGAAAACUCGUGGCUGCUACAGUUAUCUUAAUUUUAAUAUCACCUAACCGUGAUCACAGCCAGACGAAGUCGUCACACAAGGUUUUGACGCAUAAAUCUUCAGCACCGAUCGGCAUAUACCGCGGUGGUCCAGAGCGAGCAAACCGCCUUCCUAUCAACCAUAUCUAUACCUGUAAUACUCGGACAAUCGACAGCCACGACCCAAACGUGGGGACGAUUGAAUAAUAUAAAAAUACACCUAUCAGAAAAAUCGGAAGAGUUGCAACGUAGUACACUGUGUGCGAACAGGAGAACCUUCGACACCAAACCGGCAGCGGCGGCGACUAGCGUUCUCGAGGCAUCCCCCGUCACGUUAUAUAUGGUAUACAUUUGGAUUGAGUUACUAAUUUGGGAAAUGCAAAAAAUGUAUAAAUAUUUGUUAUAAAAAAUAUCAAAUACGAACCAAACCAUGGUCAAACAGUGUUUGAAAAAAAUCUUAAAAAAAUUUAAUAUGCCCGGACAACUCUCUGUGUGGCCCGUAUGCCUUUUCAGUGUCAAUAAACCAGAAAUUGGACGCAUCAAGAAUUCUCAUACUUCCUCAAAAAGGUGUAAUGAAGCACGGCGCAUGUCCGAAGGUGGUCUCGUCAUGUCUUCAUGCGCGACUGCCAACUUCAACAACAACAACAACAACAACACGACAAACACAAACAACAACAAUCACAACGGCGUCAGCAGGACGACGGCGGCCAGCGUGCCCAGGCGCAAGUUCAGCUUCCCGGCGGUGUUGCAGUCGCACAGUCUACAAUCUGAACUGGGCGGAGUCGACUUUAGCGGCGGGCCAUCGCUCACUGUGGCCACGGCCCGCCGGCGGUUCAGCAACGUCAGUGACGUCGUGUCCAGGAAACUGUCGCACACCAUCGGCUGGCGGACGGCAGUGCCUACGGAGCAGAUCGCGCGACAGGGCAAGGCGCUGUGUGUGCAGUACAUCCGGUGGAAGCUGAAGCGGGCUGGCGCGUACACGAAAAAAUGCGCAGGAGCUUUGCGCACGGCCAGCGCGGCCGCUAACCCUGCGGCUUCGGUGGACGGAAAUGGCGGCGGUGGAAGUGGCGGCUACUUCAUACCGCCACUUCAGGCUAUGACGGCCGCGGCCGGGGCCGACCACAUCGACAGUGUGCGCCGCGACGUCUUCCCCGCCGUGCUCCGGGUCGGGCUCCAGUUGGAGCGGCUCGACCCGAAACUGUACGCGGCCGGCACCGUGGCCACUGACACUGCGGCCACUACUGCUGCGUCAGUGGCCGGUGCCGCAGGCAACCCAUCUGCGGCCGCUGUGAUAACCGGCCCGGCCGCUCCGCCUCAACGUCUGUUCCAGCGGCACAGGCCCGUGUACAGGAGAAACACGGCCUCGGCUUCUGUUGUCCUGGUGUCCGUAUCCCGGGAACUGUUCCGAGCCGGAGCCCAGGUCACGUGGGCCAAAGUCGUGUCUCUUGUGUGCGUGGCCGCUGGGCUUGCGGUCGACUGCGCACGCCGCGGCCGUGCCGAUCAGCUGCCUGACCUGAUCGAGGCCGUCGGCGAAGUAAUCGAGGACGAUCUGGCCGCUUGGAUACACUACAACGGUGGAUGGAUGGGGCUCCAGUCGUACUGCAAACCGGUGGUCAUCAACGUCGAAAAUCCAGUGUCAACUCAAAUCCUGUAUCUAGUGUCAUUGCUCAUAGUUGUCAUAUUUUUCUUGUUGUUGUUGAGGUGGUUCGACUUCAUAUCCGUUUUCCGAUGAACCUGCCAGCAGACGCCCCACAAUAUUAUACAAAUAUAUUUUUACUACCACAGUAUACGUUAUAAUAUUAUAUAUAUAUAUAUAUUUACGUUAUAUUAUAUACGUAGGCACA